AUGGAUGAGGAAGUGGUGCAUGUCAUUAGUACACCUGCCGGCCAGCAAAAUAGAUCCUCGCAGAAGAAGAUCGGGGUAGAUCUAACGCGAAUUGGAGUACUCUACGCAAAGGAAGGGAACUCGUACAAUCUUCGAUUGGCUAAAAGUAAACUCAUGGAAGAAUUACGAUGUGAUUUUAACAAUCACACUGCGCCAAGCAAUGUGGCCAAGAGGAAAACCGCAAAUCAUCACUUGAGGAUCGAACACAUCUCCGCUGACAAUGUCGGAGAGUACAAUUGCACUUUGCGGCUUUAUAAAAAGGACUUCCGCACGAAGAAGUUCUCCGUCGUUCUUGGAUCGGAUCCGCGGCUCUCUUCAGCGGAGAGGAUUUCGCUCACACUUUCUAUUAGCUGCAUAAUUCUAGUUAUGAUCUCGUUAAUAGGGUGA